AUCAUGUAUUACUCUUUGGCAUGGAUGCUUGGCUUUGCUUCUUUGCUUGAACAAUCUGCAAUUUGUAAAUAUUUUGAUCAUUUUUAGAUUUCCAAAUAAAACGGGAUCGCAGAUUGAAUAAGUGUACUUACAUUUAAAAAUGGCACAAUCACAAUUCGCAUUAUCAUGGGAAUCUUAUAAAACUAACAUCUGCUCAGGGUUUAGUUCUUUUCAGCAGAGUGGAGAACUUGUUGAUAUGACUUUGGCGGCAGAUGGUCAUUUGGUAAAAGUGCAUCAAGUACUAAUUGCAUUGGCAAGCCCUUACUUGAAAGAAAUAAUUACAGCUGUACCUACUCAACAUCCUGUUGUAUUUCUAAAUAAUGUGUCUCACACAACCUUAUCUCUAAUAUUGGAGUACAUAUACACUGGAGAGGUACGAGUACCAGCAGAGAAUUUACCAUCUUUUAUGGAAUCUGCAAAAGCUCUUCAUAUCAGGGGUCUGGAAAGUAUUGCUGAUAAUGGCAACACAACAAAGAUGGAUACUUACAUGAAUGAAACUAGCCUGGAUAACACAAGGAUUAGGAAAAAGUCAGAUCAGAUAUUUAUAUCCCCAAACGCAAAAAAGAUAUACGCCGACGUCAAUCCAGAUUCUUCUGCAAUGGUCUCUGAUCAGAAACCUUUAGUAGGUUCACACGAUGACAACAUGCACGAUUACUCUGAUGCGAUGGAUGAUACGCACGAUGACUUUGAUUGUGAUAUUGAUGAUGAUAGUAAAACUCAAACACCAGCCAAGACUGGCUACAACAAGUCAAUAACAUCGUCUAAAGUCGCGGAAAAUAGUAAAUUGGGCUCAAAUCUACAAUUCACGGUAUCUAUCCGCGGCGCCUUGCAAGUGAUACUGAACCGCUACAUCUACAAUUUGCACUCGUCCCAGAGUAGUGGCAUCCGACGUUGGCGUUGCACCGACUAUAGGGACAAGAAAUGUUCCGCUUUCGUCACCACCAAAGGCAACGUUGUUUUAAACAGAGCAAAUCCACACAAUCACUCGUUUCAUGAUAAGAAGAUUCUUGCUAAAGUAGAAAAAAAUGCCGUAUAUUCUGCUCUGGAUGAAGUUCAAGAUUUGGCGAGAGUUAAAGAUAAAAAUAAAAGUAUAACAGAGGGCAGUGAGUUUGUUUCACAUUGAUUUAAAUCAAUCUGAACAAUAAAUUAAAUUGAUAAACAAUUAUUAUUUGUUAAUUACUGCAAUGAGAACUUGAAUUUUAAUAGUAGUUAUUGUAUAGGUCAUAAUUUGGUUGUUACUCAUGCCUUAAUUAAAUUGGAAGAUCUAAAAUUAAUGCUAAGGGCGUUUUUCAACACACCGACAAGCAUGAAAAAGGAGAGCAUUAGGUACUUCAAGAUCUGUCAAUUUAGCUUCGUUAAAAGUUGGUUGAAAGUUUUGUGCGUAAUCAAUUAUAUCACCGAUACGUAGGCAUACAAGUGUAAAUUAAAA